GCAAAUAGCAAACUGCUUACAUUUAGACUUGCUGACCAUCAGAAAAACUUACUUUUGCAAAUUUUGUAAGUUACUUUAAUACAAUUUGAAAUACAUAAGUAAUCCUCUAAUCUACAAUUAAAUAUUAAUUAAUAUAUGCAAUAAGAUUUCUUAAACAGUUGUAUUAAUUUCUGUAUACUUUUUUAUAAAAAGGUUUGUAGAAGUUUCAAAUGUACCUAAGCUAUCAUUGUAGAUUUAACUGAAAAUUCAAUUACACUAGAUAGAAAUUUUUUUCACAGAACAUGAACAAAUGUCUAAUUCAUAUAUUAAAUUACUUCAUUUUGUACUCAGAAACAAAGAAGCUGAACAAGCCGCAGAUAAUGAAAAGUUUUAUUAUAAACAACACAAAGAUGAUCCAAAACCUAUUGAACCAGAAAUGCCCCAAGAGGUUUGUAUUAAACAUGUGAAACAUAUUGCAUGCUCUAAAAGCCUUGUAAUCAUUGCAUGGAAAAGACACACACAAAUUGAAGACAAAUUAAAUUCCAGUAAUUCAGUUUUAUAUUAUGUGUGAGCAAACUAAAUUCUUGUGGAGGUUAAUGAGAAACAUUUAAAUAAACCCUGUUGCUUAAUUAUUCUUUUUUAAUUCACAUUUCAGAUGAUGAGCAAAGACAGAAGGAUACAAGUAUGUAAAGUCUCUCUUAUAUAAGUGGUCAAGUAUUAGAUCUAAGCAGUAAUUUUUGCCUAAGUUGCCCUUAGUAAUGCAUUUGACAAUAAAUUUCAGAAUUUUUUAUCCUGCUGCUGGUCAUAUAUUGUUUUGUUUUUUUUACAAAAUAAAUUAGUAGUUUAAGUGGAUUCAUUACAGUACAACUGUUUAGGCAGAAUUAAUGUCAGCUUAGAGUUUCACCAUUGUGCAUACAUUUUCACAGCUAAACUACAAAUUCCUGAAAGGUUGUGUGGAAACUGGGCCAGUGGAACCAAUGCAGCAGGCAUGGGCAGAUCGCAUCCUCAAAAUGAUCCCAGAUAACCUCAAGCAUGGCAGACAUCUUGGGGAGCUUAUGCAGGAGCUUUUAGCAGAAGUUAAAAUCCUUUUUGAAUCCAGCAUGCGUAAAUCUAUGGGUAGGCUAUAAUUACACUGAUACUUGAAUGAUAAUGAGAAAUCUGCACUUAUUUCUGCAAAACGUUCUUGAUAUAUCAUGUACUAAAAAUAUAUUUUCCAAAAACUGAUAUGUAAGAAAUUUUUUGUUUAUUUAAUUUUAAAAAAUAGUCAAGCAUAAUAUGAAAUUAUAUCUUAUCUUGUUUUGAUUUGUUUAAGUUCAACAUGUCCUGAUCAAGCCAGAAGUUAAAGGAUUAGAGAAUGAGGAGGGCGGACCACCACCAGAAGAGCCAGUGUGAGUAAAAUCACUCUAUUAAUUUUCAAACAAUGCCAAGAAAGUUGCUGAGAUUUAGGCCUAUAGCCUAAAUUUAAGUCAUUGUAUAUAAAUAAUUUAGAAUAUUUGCCAAAAUUACAAUUUUUCUAUACUAAAGCAAAUUUAAAAUUAUUUAAUUAUGUUUUUUAUUGUGACUUAUUUUAAAAAUGAAAAAAUAAAACACCUAAUUUUGAGGAAAAAAGAUUUAGGACAUUGAAAAAAAAAAAUUCAAAAUAACUUUUAUUUAUAUUUUUUUUUUAUAAGAUGCUUUGUACUACCCAAGAAAUUUUUUUUUUAUUUUGAAUUAAAAGUGAACUCCUGAUAAAAUUGUUUUAAUAAAAUGCAUCUUUUUUAUUUAGGCCACAUUUAGUGUUGAAGACUCGAGUGAAGUGCUGUUGUGGAAAUGAAUUUAUUUUGUAAAAUAAAAUCAAUAAUAUUUCAAAGAGGAUAUUUAUUUGAAGAUUUGAAAUUCUUUCAGUGGCCUUGACUAUUCAAAACCAUGGCAUGAGACAUUCCAGGAAAACCAG